GUAAUAUUUAAAAGCUUUAGUGAUAAAACGAGAACUAGUUGAUGGUAAAGUUUACAAACAUGCUCUGGACUAUAUAUAUUGCUUUGAUCGCACAAAUCUGCGCUAAUAUACAAAAGGAUUAAAAAAAGUACGACUUUGAGUUGGUUUACCAGUGGAAACUUUUACAAUAUAAAUUUGAAAGUGAAGAAGAACGAUCCAAGGCCCUCAAUAAUGGAAGUUAUAAAAUUAAUACUAUUCGGCCCAUCGAUGCACAACCUACCUACCGUGAUGGGGAAUCAUUAUAUGCUUUAGCCGACUAGUGGCAGGGCUUAAAUAGAGCAUAAUUAGUAAAUUGGGAGAUUAUCUGGUACACAGGCGGCUCCAAACCGACUGGUAACAAACGACUCUAAAUCUAUAAUCGACGUAUCUAAAUGUAUAGCUAUCGCGGCACUAAAGAGUCUGCUUAAUAGCGAUACACUUUGAGAAGGACGGAAGCACUUGACAUGAGACAGGCUAAGGACACACCAUAGCUUGGCCCUCACCAGAUAAUUACUGCACUUAAAUAGCGGCGAAAUCCGGCUCUUAACGACCCUUUUAUCUGGACACUGGCACUUAAGUCGCCAUCUUCACACCCUAGGAUAACCUGUAAAACCGUUGGUAUUGGAAACAGGAAGAAACUGCAGAUCACUUUACUAAAAAAGUGCACAGCGUUAGAUUCAAUUCAUUUCUAGGAAAUACUUACAGUUUGUCCAGACAUAAAAAUAAAGAAACAGAAAUAAAAACUACAUAAAAUCCCUCAGAAUAGAUAAUUUCAUUGGCUUUUUCAAGGCUAAUGGCCUUUGGUAAUCCUCGGCGGAGCAUAGCUCCAUUGGUUGUUCAUUGAAGAAGUUAAUAAGUAGAAACACGUGUUGUCAGGUACCACCUUUACUUUUUCUGCUUUCCUACUUACGCAGUAACCUGAAGAAUCCAUUUAGAAUCCAUUUUUUGAGAACGUUUAAAUUUAAUAAACACUUUCUUGCCUGUGGUAGUAAAAUUGUGUUUAGAAAAUACUAUAACAAUAAAUUUUGUAUAAGUUUGUGUAGAAAAAUCUAAAAAAGAGCGAAUUUUUAUCACAAUCCCAAGAACUGAGCUUAAUGGAACUCCGGCUACUUUGGGCGUGGUUACCGAAGAAAUUCGCGAUGGAAGUCCGAUGAUUGAGCCUUAUCCUUCGCUGUCUUGGCAUGUGGAGUUGGAAAAGUGUAAUGAACAUCGAAUUGUGUCUGUUUUUAGAAUUUGGGCCGAUAAAUGUGGGAGACUUUGGGUAAUGGAUAACGCCAAAGUGGGUAAAGUUUAUCCUUGUACACCGCAAAUUCUAGUUUUCGACUUGGAAACUGACACUCUGUUGUACAAAUACGAGCUGCCAUACGACCAAUACCAAACUUGGCUGUAUGUGCCUGAUUCUGAUGGUCCUAGACUGCUGGUAUAUAAUUUGGAAAAGAACGUUUCCUGGGCGAUUCAGGAUGAGAGUUUUAAGCCAGAUCCUAACUACAAAAAUUAUACCAUUCAAAGUGAUAGUUUUCAAUCCGAGGAUGGCAUUUUAUCGGUUGCCUUAAGCCCUAAGAGUGAUCACCCUAACGAGGAACUAUUUUAUCAUUCAAUGUCAAGCAUACGAGAAUCAUGGGUGUAUUUGAAAGAUUUAAAAAAUCCAAAAAACUUUAAGAAGCCUUAUGGGUCCCCUCAGUUAUUUAAUACUUAUCCUACAACAAGAGAUCAGCAGAGUCCAGUUGAAGCAAUUGAUAGCAAAGGACUGGUGUAUUUUGCAUUACUGAUUGAUGUACUUAUUGUUAAAUGGGAUCCAACGACAUCUUAUGAAAGGAAAAAUUUCAAGGUGAUUGCAGAUAAUAAGGAUACUAUGCAGUUUCCUAAUGGUAUUAAGUCCUUACAGAUACCACCUUUUAAGCCUGAUGGUAAAGAGAUUUUAUGGAUGUUCCCAACAGCACUUCAGAAGUUUCAAAAACAACUAAAUGGAAGUGAGGUUAAUUUCAGGUUAUUCCGUGUUGAGUUAUAAUUAAAAACAUUUUGAAUUAAAAAAUGCUAUUAAAUAAAUUA